GUGAUAUUGUGUCAUUGUUCGAUGCGCAUUGCGGUGAAGGUUCAAGGAGACCGUGUCCGGCUGGUUCCGUACGCGGCCCGACAUGUGCUCAAGUACCACGAGUGGAUGAAGGAUCCGUUCUUGCUGGAGAUGACGGCGUCGGAGCCGCUGUCCCUGGAGGAAGAGCAACAGAUGCAGGUGACUUGGCGGGAGGACCCAACGAAAGCAACCUUCAUUGUGUUCGCCCAUGACGCAGGUGACGAGGAAACCGAGGACGAAAUGGCUGGCGACGUCAACUUGUUCUUCAACGACGACGAAGACGUGGCGAAUUGUGAAAUCGACAUCAUGGUGGCGGAAGCGCGUUAUCGAGGGAAAGGCAUCGGUCGCGAAGCUGUCCUGCUCAUGAUGUCGUACGCCGUCGUACACUGGAAAGUGCAUCGCUUCUACUGCAAGAUCAACGAAGCGAACGAAGCUUCGUUGGGCCUGUUCCGCAAAUUAGGCUUUGUCCAAUGCAACUACGUCGCGGCGUUCCACGAGAUCGAACUCGAGUUUCUCCUAAAUGACGUAAAUCGCGACGCAUUCGUCCAGCGGCUCGAGCGCGCCACCCUCAUGCCGGCCGUCGCUUGACUCGUAGGUCUUCAUGUUGACUUCCUCACUUGACAACGGUUUGUUAUAAUUCCAUUAGACUUGAUGAAAAAUGUCCAAUCUUUAAUACAAACUGCAACCAUGCAUUUUUUAAAUGCA